GAAAUAAAGACUUAAAGACUUAAAUUAGAAACAGAAAUAAAAUAUAAAUUAGGUUAUUUUUGGAUAAUUAAACCUAAAUUUAAUUCAUCGAUUUUGACUCAUCAAAUUAUGUAUCCAUCAAAUUUUUUGAGUAAGAUUUUAUUCGCAUACCUGCCGUGUACAAGUUGAUAAGUUUGUGGCGGUCAAGGCACUAGGUUCCGUCAUUGACAAAUAACCAAAUCUCUUCUUCCAUGCAAUAUCACGUCAAACAAGAGGGUGACUAGACCGCCACCUUUUCAUAUUUAUGCCAUUAUAAGUGGAUGAGCAAUGGCUAGUUAUUCGAUAUACUCAGAAAAAUGUGGAGCUCCCAUCAAUUCUCAUCCGAGCAGCAACAUGGAACUUCCUCAUUGUUGCUACACUUAUUAUUCACCAUCUUAGCCUCGUCCUUCAUUAUCUUCUUCUUCAAGAAACCUUCUCCACUCAACCGAAAACUACCACCUUCUCCGCCUAAGUUACCAAUCAUAGGAAACCUCCACCAACUCGGCUCUCAUCCUCACCGCUCUCUUCGGUCCAUUGCUCAUACACAUGGUCCUAUAGUGUUGCUUCACUUGGGGAGUAACCCAGUGUUGGUUGUCUCAUCAGCUGAACUAGCUCGCGAUAUCAUGAAAACCCAUGAUCUUAUCUUUGCAGACAGACCUACUACAAAAAUCCAGAUGAUGCUUCUGUAUGACCAGAAAGAUAUGGCUUUUGCUCCUUAUGGUGAAUACUGGAGACAAAUGAAAAGCUUAUGCGUCCUGCAUCUAUUAAGUAACAAAAGGGUACGGUCUUACAGCAAAAUUAGAGAAGAAGAGAUAAAUUUAAUGAUUGAUACCAUAAAGAACUCUUCUUCUUCUUCAACAUCAGUAGUGAAUUUAAGUGAAGUUAUUGUAAAGGUAACCAAUCAUGUAGUUUGCAGAAUAGCUAUGGGGAAAAAGUAUAACCCGGUAGAAUUAGGAGGGAGGGCGUUUAAGGAGAUUUUCAAUGACUUUACAUAUGUUUUGGGAAGUUUUGAUGUUGGGGAUUAUAUUCCAUGGCUUGGUUGGGUUAAUCAUGUGACUGGGUUGUAUGCUAAAGCUCAAAAAGUGGCUAAAGAGUUAGAUGAUUUCCUAGAAAAUGUAGUUGAAGAACAUAUUGCUAGCGGUUGCUAUAUGAAAGAAGAUACUAAUAAGGAUUUUGUGGAUGUUCUGCUUUGGCUUCAGAAAGAGAACUUAACAGGUUUUCCUAUUGACAGAACAUGCAUCAAGGCUAUCACUCUGGAUAUAUUUACAGGAGGUACAGACACUACAUACACAUUGAUGGAAUGGGUAAUGACAGAACUCCUAAGGCAUCCUGAAAUAAUGAAGAGAGUCCAAAAUGAAAUAAGAGGAAUUGCCAAAGACAAAGUAUUUAUAUCAGAAACGGAUUUGAAUGAACUGCAAUACUUAAAAGCAGUGAUCAAGGAAACUUCUCGAAUGCAUCCUCCAAUCCCAUUACUACUUCCUCGUGUAGCUACGAAAGAUAUCAAAUUACAGGGAUACGACAUUGCAGCAGGAACCCAAGUGAUUAUUAACGCUUUUGCAAUAGGUAGAGAUCCUGCAUUAUGGGACCAAGCUGAAGAGUUUCGGCCAGACAGAUUCCUAAAUAGUUCUAUUGAUUUUAGAGGACAUGAUUUUGAGCUGAUACCAUUUGGAUCAGGCAGAAGAAUUUGUCCUGGUAUCCAGUUUGCAAUGAUCACAGACGAACUUGCGCUAGCAAAUUUGUUGUUCAAGUUUGACUGGACACUGCAUGGUGUAGCUAAAAGAGAAGAUUUGGAUACUACUGAAAGCACUGGUAUCGCUAUUCAUAAAAGAAAUCCACUUCUUGUUGUUGCAACUCCAUACAUAUAAUUGAUAAUGUAAUUUUUUCAUAUAUAUUAUAUAUAAUUAUUAGA